AGACUUGGUGGGUGUGUCCAGCCGCCGCCAGAAUUUGCUGUGAGGAGGACGCCUUAUCUUUAGACCCUUCUAAAAAUAUAACCGAAUGCAAAAACUGUAUAUAUGGGAAGUAUAGUUGUACUAUAAAGAUUGCUUGAAAGUAUUGUUUUAUGUAAAUGUUACAACGAAGAAUGUAGGUUCUUAAAAUGAAACAUCUGUGGAGAAAUGCUCAGAACUGAAGAAAUGGUAAAUAUUUCGAUAGCUAUACAUUACAAAUAUUUCUGCUGGCAAAAGAUUCCAUUUCAGCCCCUGAUGCUGAUCACAAGCAUGUGGUCAGCGACACCUUGACCACGAACUAUGAGGCGCCGAUGAAAAAUGGCAGAAGGAGGCACUGGAGGAUCAAGACCAUGUGGAGAAAUCUGUCCAAGUACAGCCCUUUGUUUGUCAUACUGAUACUGUCAUGCGUUGCCUUUCUGCUACGCAACAUCUACAGCCUGGAGAAGCUGGACUGCAAGGCAUCUCUCUACCAGCUUCAGCAGUCCAUUACUGCCCCCUUCAGGACCAGAAGCCUAGGCCAGCUGGAGCGGAACUGGAGCAACUGCAGCUCUGAUGGCUUGGUUCUGUCGCCCGAGGAAGCAGUUGAGCAGGAGCACCUGCUGGAGUCGAUAGCCUGGCCCGAACCACAUUUGCCAGUGUCACCAUUGCACCAUAGUAGCAGCCCUUCCAGCAGUUUCUUUUCCAUUUUACCGCUAGAAAAUGACAGGGAAUGGCGUGUGGGCGACUACCUGGAGGUGCUGGUCCACAUGAGAGACUUCCGAGACCGGCCCAAGCGGCACGGAGGGGACUUCCUGUUAGCCCGGCUGCACUCACCCGAGCUGGGGGCUGGUGUAGUCGGACACGUGGUCGAUCACGAGAAUGGACUGUAUUCUGUGCUGUUCUGGCUGCCCUGGGCAGGGACAGCGCACGUGGAGAUAAAACUGGUACACCCCAGCGAGGCAGUGCAGGUGCUAAAGCGGCUGCGGGAAGACAACCCCGACCGUGUCUACUUCAAAAGCCAGUUUCGUUCCGGCCCUUUCUCGGAAACCACCAUCUGUAACCUCUGCCUGUCCACUCAGCUGCCAUUGUGCAACUACACCAACUACCACACGGGGGAGCCCUGGUUCUGCUACAAACCCAAGCUACUAAGCUGCAGUUCACGGGUCAGCCACUCCAAAGCUGGGUAUCUUAAGCACCUGAUAACAAGUAGGGAGGAGCUGUUUUUCCAAAGGCUGGUAAACCUCAAGGUUCCCAUUCCUUCAUCUGGGUUGGACAGUAUCACCGUGCUGAAGGAGACCGAAGAAAAGCCGAAUGGGGCUGCAAAUCUGGAUAGCUUCAAACCGGCAGGCUUUUACUACAAGGAGGUGUGGCGGCCUACCAACGACAUCCUGCUGCGGCAGUUUGAUGACACGGCAGCCGUCACCCGCUGCCUGGAGGGGAAGGUGCUGCGCAUGUAUGGGGACUCCACGGCGCGGCAGUGGUUUGAGUACCUAACCGCGGCACUGCCUGACUUGAAAGAGUUCAAUCUGAAUAGCCCGAAGAAUAUAGGUCCCUUCCUGUCCGUGGACAGCAUUCACAACAUCCUGAUUGAGUACCGCUGCCACGGGCCACCCAUCCGCUUCUCCACGGUAGCGACUAACCAGCUGCGCUACGUAGCGGAUGAGCUGGAGGGCGUGGAGGGCGGCAGCAACACAGUGGUGGUGUUGAGCAUCUGGUCCCACUUCAGCACCUUCCCGGUGGAAGUCUACAUCCGCAGACUGCGGUCCAUCCGUGCUGCGGUGCUGCGGCUGCUCGAUCGCGCCCCCGGCACGCUGGUCGUCCUGAGGACGGCCAACCCCCAGGACCUGGACCCCGAGGUCAGCCUCUACAACAGUGACUGGUUCUCCUUGCAGCUGGAUGUGAUCCUUCGCGGAAUGUUCUACGGCCUGGAUGUGGUCCUGGUGGACGCGUGGGAGAUGACGCUGGCCCAUCACCUCCCACACGCUCUCCACCCACCUCCCCCCAUUAUCAAGACCAUGAUUGACUUCCUUCUUUCUCACAUUUGCCCUGAGGACACUUCAGCCUUUCCCUGAUGAUAGGGGUGGGAUCACAGGGGCACUGGCCCCUACUGACAGCCAUCUGGCUCCUGGAUUGGCCCUUGCCCUGUCACUUAUGGACUCAAAAUAUAUCCUUGAUAAUGCUGCGUUCCAUUUGAACUUGUAACUUGAACUUCCAAGUUCCCAGUCAGAAAUGUCAAUUGGAACACCCCUGAAGUCGGAAUUCUGACUCAUGAAGUCGGAGGAAUCUACACAACCCCAAUCUCAGAAUUUAUGAUUUACAAUUACAAUACCUAGCAAUAAACCAGGCUAGAAUGUCAGAAAGCAGGAUUUCUCGCUUAGCCGGAUAACUUGUCAGAUUUAAGGUAGUCUGGGCUAAAUGUAAGUGAACAAAAAUACAGGCCAUUUAAACCAAGGAAAAUUAAGUUAUCCGCAAGAAAUCCUGCUUUCUGAAACAGGUCCCUGGUAUUGCUAAAUGGCUUUCUGAUUUGAUUACUGGGAUGUAGUUAACUUCAUUCCCAGUUCCGAAUUCCAACCUCCGAGGUAAAUGGAAUGCAGCAUAAGGUCACCCCCCUCUGUAUGAAUUAUGGCCCCUCUUAUGUCCUCCACCUUAAAUAAUCACCCCUGACUGAUGACCAUCUAACACCACUGCUCCACCACGUUUGGGUCUACUCCCAUCUGAACAGCCUGUGCAUUCGGAGUGUUCCUGGUUCCUCCCACAGCACUGUGUGGUUUAAUAUGUACAGUGCAGUCUCUUUCCCAGGUGGUGAAAUCACAUAUUACUGACGCUCCUCUAAUUACGAAUGAAAUACGUUCCGAAUGGCCAUUCGUAACUUGAAAUGUUUGUAAGUCGUUAUUCAACAUCAUUUUAAGGGUAUACGCAAGUACAAAGAACUAGGAUGCUGGGAGUACGCACGCUACGCUGCUGUGCGGCUGGGGUAGCAGCCAGAAGUUGUACUAGGCGGAAUUGGUGCGCAUAAAAAAAAAAAUUGAUGUUGCGGACAGGAAAUGGCAAACACAAUUUGGACUUACAGUCCUCUUCGUUCCUAUGUCUGAAAGUUCGUAAGUUGAAAGUUUGUAAGUAGAGGAGCGUCUGUACAUACUCAGGAUCACCUUUCUGGAGUGGCUCCUUGAUUCAAGUUCUUUAGCAUGACUUGAAGAUCUGGGUCUGGUCCACGUCUGUUCUGGUUUCCUGCAUGCACUCCAGGGUCUUCCAAAGGUCAAAAAUUUGCAGUUUAGGUGUCCCAGUGUCCCUAAUAUUACCUGUAAAUUCCAUUAGGAAAGACAUAGAAACUUCAGUUGAAUUUGGCUGUUGCUUGUCACUUCUGAAUGUAUGGAAGGACUGAUGAUUCAAUUGAUGGCUUAUUGGAAAACUAAACACAGACUACAUGAGGAAAAAAAAGGGCUAUGAGGCAUCAAAACAAAGGUGGGUAGGUGUAACCAGAACUAACAAGAGCUGGGACUAACAUGAAGCAAGAGCAAUAGCACUAAUGCAUAAGGUGAUCACACAGGAGACUCAAAUCUACAUCAACAUUGACUGACAGAGGAACAGGGACAUGACAAAGUUAUGACAACGGACAGGUGUGGGCUAUUACCAAUUACAUCCAAGUGAAUUGGGUCUGUAGGGAACAGAUGAGGGUUGUUAACUGGCAGUAAGGGCUCAGGAGUCAAACCCUAGGGGGUACAAAGCACAUAAUUCAAAUGGCAUAACUACAAGUAAAGAUAAUUAAGAUACAAAAUAAAGAGCCAUACAGAAGCACAAUAUGUUAUGUACAAAAUAGGACGUAGGACACAAAAACACAAAAAUUGUAACAUGACGAAGGAGAUGAUGAGUUAGCAGCGCCCAUUAAGCCACGUAACAUACCACAGAGCACACUAGGAAUAUAACAAUGACAAUUCUGGAACGUGUUGGGAAAACGAGAUGGUCAGCUACACCUGCUGUCUAAUUAUGGAAAUAACAUACAAAAUGAGGCAGGACAGAGAUCGAUCCUGACAGGGACGGAUUAUGGGUUGUGUGGGCCCCAGGGCAAAACAUUCGCGAGGGCCACCACCAGCACCACCACCACAAUUCAAGGGCCCUUGGCAGCCAAACGCCCUCCCUAUAGGGUCAGGGGCCCUUGUAGGCAGAGGAUCAAAGAAUGUAGGCCCUCUAAAAUAGACAAACGAAAAUACAUUGUUGAUAAGCGUUGCAAAUUUUUUUGGGCUACGGGCCCCAAGAGCCCCCUGCACCCCAAGGGCCCCUGGGCAGCGGCCCCGCUGGCCCGGUCCGUAAUCCGUCCCUGGAUCCUGACAGUCCUUGGGUGAGACUCCUAUAUUAAGUCUAUGUGAAAUUACCAUUUUCCUCACAGUAAGUCAGUGUUUACCUGACUUAAAAAUUUUAUUUUUUAAUUCCCUCUGAAACUACCACAUAUAUUAAAACAAAUAUCUUGAUAAUUACCUUGCCUUGAUAUUAAGCAAUAUAAUCUUGACUAAUUUGUUUUCAUAAACGUGUUCGCAUUGCUGAAAAACAAAUAUUUUUUGUAUCCAUA